GGGCGGGGCCAGCUCUCCCCGCCGAUCGACCCAAACUUUCAUUAAAGUCAGCGGCCCCAGAGCCCGCGGCGCAGAGUCGUCGUCGGCUUCUGCAUAGAGGCACCGUCCUCCUCCUCCGCCGCCGCCGCCGCCCCCCUCGCCCCUAGACGCGCCUGGAGCUCGGCUCGCAGGAAGCGGCGCCGCUGCUGGAGGAGGCGAGGCGAGGGCUGAUGCAACGGUCUCCUUGAGGGGAGCCACCUCGACAGCGCGCCCGCCAAGCUCCAGCCCGGCACACGCGAGGCUCGGCAGCAGGCAGCCUCGGACGGCCUCGGCAUGGAGCAGCUUGCUGUUUCCUUGGUGUAAUUUUGCUGCCGUCUGAGGUCUCUGUGUAGCCUGGGAAGUUUAGCCAGCAAGACAGGACAGUGGAGAGGUGGAUGCCCAUAUCACAGCCCCCAAUCAUGGCAGAAAAAUGCAGCGAGGGGUUGCUGAAUGGUGCUGUGCCUGGUGAGACACAGAAGCGAGAUGGGAAGAGCGUCAAACAUGGCUACUUCUAGAACUAUGGAAUUGAGUUAGAUAUAUAUACCAGCGUUGGAUUCGCUUAAAAGUGGGACUUGGCAACGUGUGGCGCUUCCCCUACCUCUGCUACCGCAAUGGGGGUGGCGCUUUCAUGUUCCCCUACUUCAUCAUGCUGGUGUUCUGUGGGAUCCCUCUGUUCUUCAUGGAACUCUCCUUUGGACAGUUUGCUAGCCAGGGCUGCCUUGGUGUCUGGAGGGUUAGCCCAAUGUUUAAAGGUGUUGGAUAUGGUAUGAUGGUUGUCUCCACCUACAUUGGAAUCUACUACAAUGUUGUGAUCUGCAUUGCCUUCUAUUAUUUCUUCUCAUCGAUGACACGGGUACUGCCCUGGACAUAUUGCACCAACCCCUGGAAUACUCCUGAUUGCGCUGGUGUGUUGGAUGUUACCAAUAGCUCAGCUGAGUCAUCGCUCAACUUCACACAGAUGCUUAACCAGACACUCAAGCGCACUAGUCCCAGUGAGGAAUACUGGAGGCGGUAUGUGUUGAAGUUGUCUGAUGACAUUGGGAACUUGGGUGAGGUGCGCCUUCCCCUGCUGGGUUGCCUGGGAGUCUCUUGGGUUGUUGUCUUCCUCUGUCUCAUCAAGGGUGUCAAGUCCUCAGGAAAAGUUGUGUAUUUCACGGCAACCUUCCCGUACGUGGUGCUGACAAUUUUAUUUGUGCGGGGAAUAACCCUCGAAGGAGCCGUUACUGGAAUCAUGUACUAUCUGACACCUCAGUGGGACAAAAUCCUUGAUGCAAAGGUAUGGGGAGAUGCAGCAUCCCAGAUCUUCUAUUCAUUGGGCUGUGCCUGGGGUGGGUUGAUCACCAUGGCAUCAUAUAACAAGUUCCACAACAACUGCUUCAGGGACAGCAUCAUCAUCAGCAUCACGAACUGUGCCACAAGUGUCUAUGCAGGCUUUGUCAUCUUCUCCAUCCUGGGCUUCAUGGCCAACCACCUAGGUGUGGAUGUCUCCAAGGUGGCCGACCACGGUCCUGGCCUGGCUUUUGUAGCCUACCCUGAGGCUCUGACACUACUUCCUGUCUCCCCUCUUUGGUCUGUACUCUUCUUUUUCAUGCUCAUCCUGUUGGGCCUGGGCACACAGUUUUGCCUCCUGGAGACUCUAGUUACAGCUAUUGUGGAUGAAGUGGGAAAUGACUGGAUCAUCCGUCGGAAAACCUUCGUGACUCUGGGCGUGGCUGUGGUGGGCUUCUUGCUGGGUGUUCCACUCACCACACAGGCUGGCAUCUACUGGCUGUUACUGAUGGACAACUAUGCAGCAAGCUUCUCUCUGGUUGUCAUUUCAUGUAUCAUGUGUGUCUCUAUCAUGUACAUCUAUGGACAUCGAAAUUACUUCAAGGACAUUGAGAUGAUGCUGGGCUUCCCACCCCCCAUGUUCUUCCAGAUCUGCUGGAGGUUCAUCUCUCCUGUUAUCAUCUUUUUUAUCCUGGUGUUCACAGUGAUCCAGUAUCGGCCCAUCACCUACAAUGCAUACGUCUACCCCAGCUGGGCCAUCACCAUUGGCUUCCUCAUGUCACUCUCUUCAGUAAUCUGCAUUCCAAUCUAUGCUGUGUUCUGUGUCUUGCGCUCUGAAGGGGACUCGCUGCUGCAGCGUUUGAAAAACGCUACCCGGCCAAGCCGUGAGUGGGGCCCAGCCCUUGCAGAGCACCGAACCGGCCGUUAUGCAUCAGCACUCAGCCCCUCCAUAGAGUCCCAGCUGGAGGUGCAGUUGCUGAACCCUGAAAAGCCCAAGAGUGAUGAAGCUGGUGUGGCGGUAGCCAUCAGCGUUGGAAGCAAUGGCUCUACCCACAGCCAGGACUCCAAGAUCUGAAUCUUAGCCCGGGAGGCAGGGCAGGGCAGGGAGCCCUCCUUGCACCUUCCCUUUUCCCACCUGCCUUGGUCCUCCAAAUCCUACUCUGCUCAGAUACACUACAGCGCCCCCACUGGGUGGAGGAGUCCUGGCUCCCAGACUGUAUUGGACUCUGGAGGGGUGGCUGUGUGUUCCCACCCCACCCACCUCAUUAGUGCCCCUGUGCCAUCUUGUAACCCUCACGUUUACAGUAAUGUUCUGAGGGCCCCAAUUCACAGCCAGGACUAGGGGUCAGAAAGGGGGAGGGUGUGUACUGGCUGAACAGGUGGGGGUGCCUUAAAAGGGUACCAGGAAGGGGGGUAGGCUGGUGCUGCAAGUGGUCAGAAGCCCCCUUUGGAGUAAUUUCUGGCAGCUGCAUCUAGGCCCACAGGGUCUGGAAUCCAUUGGGGGAUGAUAUGCCCCUUACUGCCCUGGAUCAGGGUCAUAGGGACUGGUGCCACAAAGAAGUAAAUAGGAGAUUGGCGGGUGGGGGGAACAGGGCAAGAGAUUUGGGCAGUAGCUGUACAUGUAGUCCAGACAUUCUAGGCAAAGCUAGGCCCAUGUCAAUUCUUCUAGAAGACAUAUUGAGACUGCUCAUCACCCACAACUGCACAUACCUUCCCAGCUUGUUCACCUCUCUUAUUUUGAAGACAGGUGAGGUAGUUCCCCCAUCACUGUCAAUAUGUACUUCUAGUCAUGGUGCCCAACAAAGAGAUGCUCUCACUAGAAACUUUUAAUAGGUUUAACAGAUGAACAGCUGGAGGGCAGAGUGGGAGAGUUCUCUGUAACAUCAGCUGCAGCCAGGGAGAAGGCGGGAGCAUUUUAAGUCAGGCACAUGUUCAUAAUCAGUCUAACCAAGCCUAGCUUGCAGGUGUAAGUGUGGGUGCAGCACAUGUACCUUCUCUUACGCUCACUCAUGUACAUUAAGUUUUACAUACACACCAUCUCUCACACAUACAUGCACAUCCAAACAUCUACGUGUCCCGUGUGACUCUGAUACAAAUCCAGAGCACAAUCGCAUGUGCUAGGCACCACGUGGAAGUCAAUGCCCCAGUGUUCCUAGAGCAUCUUCUGAGUGCUCAUUGUCCAAGCCCGUUGUUCUUGAACCUGGCCCUGGGGACCUGACACUUGAGCCCCAUGCUGGAAAGCAAGGGUUUCUGAAACACUGUCUUAUGCCCCUCCUCUGAGAGGAGCAAUGAACUUGACUGGGGGGUAUUGUGCUGGCAAGACCCCAUUGGGACCCAGCUCUGCUCCAUCCUUAAGGGGGAGGGGAAGAGCCAACCUUGGUGCUAAGAACAGCUGUUGUGCCGGGUCCUGUCCACACCCCUGGAAGAAGCACAAAAGAAACACAGCACAACGUUCCUGAAAGGCUGUUCACAGCCAGGCCUGGGCUCCAAGCAGCUCACUCUUCCAGUCUUAGUGGGGAGGCAGAAGCUACUGGCCCCGUGCCUGAGGCAGCAAGAGGCUAGCUAGACCCACUGGCCCCAAAACCUGACACAAAGCAAUGGCUGUGGGUAGGCAUUACUAAUGGUUCUGUCUUCCGGCCUCACCUUCCCUUUGUUUCCGUUUCAGUGUUGCUGCCUGCACUUUAGCCCUAGAAAUGCUGAGUGGUGGGGACAGGAAGCCCUGGCAGUUGUUAUCCUGCUCUCUACCCUGUGGCAAUGCCACCAAGUCAUCUUGCAGUGCCAAAUGGUGUGUGCAGAGGGCACCACUUAUCACUUGAUCAUGCAUGAUUACUGUGGUGUGGCCAUGGUGCCAUUAGUGAGGGCCCAUGGGAACCCAUGUGGCAUCUAUUGUCGCCAGUGCUAUUGGAACAGUGGCCAGCUUGUGCCAUUAGCACUGUGGCCAGCGAUUAAGUGCCAAAUGUCUGCACCAUCAGCAGACAGAGGGAUGACAGGUGGCUCUGUGCCAUGGUGGUACUUUUGUCCUAAGACUUCAGUGCCCGGUCUUUCUCUCCCUCCCUCCCCUGCACCUGUGAUGCACUAUUUAAUGCAUGGUUCCAUGUCUGUCCUUCCUUCUUACAUUGAGAACGCCAACUGCCAUGGCCAUUCUCAUUGUUCAUAGCAAUAAUUGUGAUGUGUCUCCCAUAUUAUGACUCUCCCAGUUGUAGAUUUUUAAAGUCUAAUAGAUUUUAAUGAAAUUUAUAUUCCUGA